AGCACACAGAUGCUCAGUUUUGCAAUGCCGGCAGACGAAGUGACGGGGACCAAGGAGCUCAUUUGCAUGCCGAACAGCUAUCUUAAUGUGGAUAUUUAUUUUAAUUUAAUUUCUUACCCGCGCAUACUGCACAGGAGGCUUUUGUGGCAAAGUCACAUUAACCUCUGGCUAGUUAAUAUUCAGCCGGCGAAGUCCCCCAACAGUUAAUGAAUAUUCAUGACGUAGGCGAGGCCGCCCCUUCGCUCCUCCUCCAGCUCGAUGGCGUCCGUUCUCGAGCGGACACAUGCUUAUUUAGAAACACACAAGUGCACGCGCCCGUCGUCGUCAUCUUACUGCAGCUCGUUCUGUGUGUGACACUCGCUCAUCUCAAUAUGGAAAGCAGGAGCGUUUUGCCCACCAAAGCGCAGUCUCUGAAAGGCAGGGAGGAGAAAAUGGUCGUGGCAGAUAGAACCAUGGCAGUUUUGCUGGCCUGGUGCAUCCUGGGGGAUCUGGUGCCCUAGCAGUGGCCAGGGGCCCAUCUGUGCAUUAUGCGCAUGAAAGCUCCGCCCCGUCACGCAUUCCCGGCCCUUCUGUUGAAGCAGCUCGCUGUCACGGCAUGGCGGAAGCUUCCGGGCCUCUGCAUCUAUGGGGGGUAGAACAAGAUUUUGGGGAGGAUGAUCAAACCAUACCUGCUGGUGCCAUCUUGGCAUAAUUCAGCCCUGAACAGCCUGAGAAAAUGUGAUGAUGUCAUUGCCACAAUCACGCCCCUUUCCAUGCAUAAAUGUCUUUAUUAGCAGGGCAAUUGAAAGUGACAUAUAGGCCCGGUUUUAUAGAAAAGGCUUAGCCUAAGCCAUGACUAUGCCUUAGUUAAUUAUACUGUUUAAAUCACUUUCAUUAUUAAAAUGCCUUUGAAAAAACAUCAAUGAUGUGCAUCUUGAGACAACUGACAUAUUUUAAGGUAAGUCAGGGCAAGUUAUUUUCAGUUAAGACGGCUCAGAAUUCAAUUUAGUCUGUGAGUGGUCUUAAAGGGGUCAUAAGACACGGCUAAAACGAAUAUUAUCAUUUGUUUUAGAUGUAAUGCAAUGUGUAUUAGGGAUGCACCGAAUGUGCAGAGAGAGAGAGAGAGAGAGAGACACGCGCGCGCUUUAUUACUGCCGCAAACAUUUUGCGUGCGUGCGUGUGGAGCAUUUUAAAGUGUCAGAGAAAGACACAGCACGGGACGGUCUUAGUCAAAUCAUACCACGAACUGAUGUAGAUUUGUGGGGGUGUGGUUACACGAGACGUUUCAAACUGGUCUGGAUGAGCAUUCGCUUUUAGAUAGAAUGCAAAGUUACAUCUUUUGUUCCGACACUUUAAUUUUUGCAAUUGUAUGUGUCUAAUUCAUGCAUGGGCAACUUAUAACACAUCAAAGAUACAGAAAAACAUGUAUUUGCGCCAUAUGACCCCUUUAAGCCUUGUCUGUGAAACCCGGGCAUAAUGUUUACAGGAUGAUUUAUAUGUAGUAUGAGUAUUUUAAUUUAUCUUGAUUGUAAAAAUCUUGAUUUUUUUUAGGGAGUCUACUCAACAACGUAGCUGGGAAAAUACCCAGAAGCUUGGUGGAUUUUCACAAUUUUAAUAGCUGAAUGUAACCACACAGACAGCCACCAAUGUACGAUUGUAAUUCAUGUUUUUGUUGUUAAAGGAAUAGUUCACCCAGAAAUGAAAAUGAUCAUCAUUUACUCACCCGCUUGUUAUUUCAAAUCUGUAUGACUUUCUUUCUUUCUACCCAUUGACUUGCAUUGGUUUUGUGUCCAGACUAUAGAAGUGAAAUCCGGGGUUGUUUGGUUACCAACAUUCUUCAAAACAUCUUUUUUUUUGUUCUGCAGAAGAAAGUCCUAUAGGUUUGAAAUGACAAAAGGUUGAGUAAAUGAUGACAGAAUUUUCAGUUUUGGGUGAACUAUCCCUUUUGUAUCCCAAUUUGUAGUGCUAGUGAGUUUUCUUGGUGUUGUUUCUGUCUCACCUAACAGACUGUACUAAUAUUGGUUUUGUCUAACAUAGGCCUUGUUCGGAGGAAUUAUUGUAGUGUUUUCUCAGAGAAGGCGUGCAUUCUACCCCGUUGCCAUUUAAAGAGCAAUUUCAUUUGACCUUGGGGAAGAAACAAGUUGACUUAUUUGCUAGUGGUUUUCCAUCAACACAUUCCCCCCCCCCCAGCAGUAUUUAGAAGAUGCUUUUUAUCCAAAGCAACAUAGAAUACAUAAAUAGGAGGCACAGUUCACCCUGAACUGCCUGUAGUUAAGAGCUUUCCUCAAGGGCACAAUGGGUGACAAUGAUUAAAACUGUAAUCAGAGUAGCUCUCAAGUUCUUGAGCUUUCCCUGCCUGAAAUUGUAAGCAUUGUGUUGUCUCAAUACUGAAAUUCAGAAUUCCCUAUAGGUCAACAGCUUCCUCUCUUUGUUGAAGACAAAUUUGAACCUUUGUGCAAAACUAGUAGUCAAUUUAAUGUAUGAAAAAAUGAAAUUGAUUAAUUGGAUGUUGGAUGUCUACUAGUCGACCAUUAGAACCCGUCCUCGAUAAACACCAACACUUGCACCAACAAUUACAAAGUUCAUGUAAUAUUGAUGUGUAAAUCACUUCUAUUAUUGUGUCUUGUCGCUUUUAUCUGUGUCGUAGGCAUCAGAAUGCUGGAGGUGUUCAACAGAUUAUGUGCACUAUCUAGCAAACUGUAGCUAUGAGGGGGGCCAGUCCUCACCAUAGCAACCGGAAAUGGUUGCUUGGAUACAGGUUUGAAAUGAAAGUGGUAUGGUAUGAAUGCAUCAGCAGUUGCCUCCAGGGGACAUACGGGCACUUGAACUUGUAGGUGACACCAGUGUCUCAAGCUGAUUUAAGUUGACCCAGCACGAGCUGCUGUUGCAAUGGUCCAAUAGACGUGUUGUUGAAUGUGCGAUGUUUAACAAGAAUGUGAAGGCCUGGGGGUUAAGAUGCCUUCAGACUGAGAUUGCAUAGUUUUUCCUUUAGAUUAUGUGUUAUCUCAAUAGGCAGGCCUAUACGCUGUAUAAACAUUUUUAGGUUUGUUUAUACAGUCAUCCUUGUGGCCGGAAAUGUACGUGUUUAUUUUGAUUUACCUUGAAUGGACAAAUACAAGUUUUUCUAACAAUGAGAUUUUAAUUAAAUCAGAAAUUUUUGGCUAAAUAUAUUUUGAAAUAAUUGGCUUUUGUUUGGAAACCACAACAAUGUGAUAUAUAAAUAAGUGGGUGUGGCUAACUUAGUAUUUAGUACAGGUAUUUACAUAUCGUGUCAUCCACAAAAUAGAAAAACUAAUGUAAUGAAGAAACAGAAAGAAAUUAAACAAACAAUACAGGAGGACCCAUAAACCAAAUCCUGAGCAGGAGGAGGAGCUUAUAAUUAAAAGAGAUGUGACUUCUGUGUUGUGAACAUGUUUUAGGUUUCAACAAUUUUUUGUCAAACCACCCACCCGAAAAAUUGAAAUUUUGUCAUCGUUAACCCAUCAUGUCUUUCUUUCUUCGGCAGACCACAAGAGAAGAUAUUUUGAAGAAAGUUGGAAACUGAACAGCGCCAGUACCCAUUCACUUCUACCAAUGCAAGUGAAUGGAUGCCGGUUAACAACAUUCUUCAAAAUAUCUUCUUUUGUGUUCUGCAGUAAAUCAUUGAAAUGACAAGAGGGUGUUGCGGUGUUGGCGAAGGCGUAUCUUGGCACAAUCACAGGGCACAGUUAAAGGAGGCAGACUGGCACCACCUGGACCUGUGCCAGAGCUCCUCAGGAGAAAUACCCACUGCUGAGGUCGCAAAGCACGCUGCCAACGGGAACCCCACUGUGGAGCCGUUUCCUGAUGACAUGGAGAUGAUCAUGUUUGGUAUGGGCUGUUUUUGGGGAGCCGAGAGGUGUUUUUGGAAGAUCCCUGGUGUGUUUUCUACACAGGUGGGCUAUGCAGGGGGAUUCACACCUAACCCCACGUAUCAAGAGGUGUGAUCAGGUUUAACGGGACACACAGAGGUAGUCCAAGUGGUUUUCUCUCAUGACGUCAGCUUAGAGAAACUUCUCAAAGUCUUCUGGGAAAGCCACGACCCCACUCAAGGAAUGGCACAGGGAAAUGACCAUGGCACCCAGUACCGUUCUGCCAUCUACACAUACAGCCCAGAACCGCAGGAGCUGGUGAUGAGGAGCAGGAGCAUAUACCAAGAGGCCCUGACUCGGAAAGGUCUUGGUGAGAUUACCACAGAGAUCCGGCAGCUCAGAGAUUUUUACUAUGAUGAGGAUUAUCAUCAGCAGUACCUGCACAAGGUGCCUAAGGGUUACUGUGGGUUGAAGGGGACAGGGGUCACCUGCUCUUUUGGAGGACAGAAAGAUGAACUCUAAUUUAGCACAUGUGAACAUGACUGUAAAAAAUAUUUUCUCUUCAUUUGAUAGAAAUGUCUUAAAGGUGCUGUGUGUAAUUUUGACAGAAAUGCAAUAUAAUAUACAUAACUGUGUCUUCAGAGGUGUAUAAAGACCUUACAUAAUGAAGCGUUAUGUUAAUAUUGCCUUAGAAUGAGCUAUUUCUAUCUACAUACACCGCUGGUCCCCUUAACAUGGAAUUCGGCAUGUUGUUUUUUAGGGCUGUGUUUUGGCAAGUGCCUCCCGAUACGAUACAUAUCACGAUAGAUGGGUCACGAUACAAUAUAUUGCUAUGAAUUUCGAUACGAUACACAUUUGCGAUAUGUUGCAAUACUUUAAAUAGAAAAUGUAAAAAGUAGAGCUAGAAAUACAACACGCUGUGCACCACCGCGGUUUUCCCAUAAGUGUAAAAACAUCCCUUACCUCUGCAGAGUGGCCAUGAUGUGCGAUGCAUGGACCUUUAGAUCAGUCACAACAUCUGUGUCCUGUGUCAGCCACCGUAGUGCUUAGAAAGGGAGGGGGAGUGAGCCUUUGGUCGCAAUUCGCAAUCUCACCACUAGAUGCCGCUAAAAUCUCCACAUUGUUGACAAAAAUGAAAAUUCACUUGUUACUGGUCAUCACAAACAAUGAAUUUUUUGAACAACAUUCUGAUAUAUUCUGUUAAUGUAAUGCAAGUAAAUGAUAACUGCUGUUGUCAAAAUGAUAUGAAACUAUAUUUUCCACAUUUUUCUGAACACUGUCAUUAUGUGACCUUUUCAUGAACAUAGUUUAGACUGAAUUUUCAACUACUUUUGAGAAUACGACUUAACUUUUUAGAGUGUAGUCCCACUUUUGUACUAGAGCAUUCUUGCAGUGACAGUAUUUUUACCACUAGGUGGCACGUGUCACAUCUUUAUACUAACAAAAAAUUGAAAUGCAAAGUGGGUUGCAUGUACACCAUAUUAAGUGUCAUCUAUGUGAAUGUGAUUCUGCUUGAUCAGUGGCACAAAUCUCACCAGUCUAUAGAUGAUUGAUUUUCAGACCUGACAAACUUCUUGUUAAGCACACAAAGCGGUAUGUUAUGGUAUGGUGGGCCAGUCCCAUUAUAAUAACUGUUGAUAAUCAUAAAAUUCCCUGAACGAUUAGUGUUCUUAUUGGAUGUUUUAUGGUAUGUUAUGCUAUAGAUUUUAUCCACCCUGACAGUUUUGUUUGGUGCAAAUCUUCACUCAUUACUCACAAUAAUGUAAUUACUUAUAGCAAUGUGUUGCCAUCUCAAACCUGUGAACAGUUAAUGGAUGCUGUAGUACUUCCAAAUGUAACCUUAAAACGUUGCUUUUAAACACCGUAAUUUAUUCGCAAACUAGUCUUAUUCGAUCAAAUCAAAAUAACAUUUCUUCAUUUAGCCGCAUGUAACCUGUACAUGCUGUUGUUAUUAUGAUGGCCUCACACCUCAGCUGUAUUUAGCAAUAUACACACUGUGAGUCAGCUGCUCAUUUUAGAAAAUGAAAAGAUGCUGGUCUGCUGACUGGCACAACAGCUGGAUUAUUACGUGUUGAUCUGUUCAACAUUAUGCCACACUAAAUCUCCUCGUUCACCUGUUUACUUGGCUGAAUAUAAGACGUAUUGGACCUUCACCGUGUUCCAUACUGUGGACUCUAGUACAGUGGGUUCUGUGUUUCUAGAAUGAAGAAAACUGUGUCAACGUGUCAUAGAAAGAGCAGAAGUGAAGAUUCUGGAAGCUGUAUGUGGUGUGUUGUCGUCUGAGGAUGUCAUUGUGUUAUCUGUCAUCUCUGGGAUGAGACGCACACAUGAUUCACACAGCACCUGUAUGAGGAGACAGAUUUCUGGGAAACGGUACUUUCAUCUGCACUCACUCCCACAUGUGUGCUAUAUGCACAUAGCUGCAUUGUCACCGCCAGACAUACAUUGGGGUUAUACACAUUUUCACAAUAUACAGAUCCUUUAGAAACACAAACACAGUUGUUAGGUUUGAUCUCUUAGUUAUUCUUGUUCUGUGGCCCCAAAAUGUGUUUGGACACUAGUGACACCUAACGUGCAUGUCUUUCUGAACCUGUAUGAAUUUCUUCUGCAGAGCACAAAAGAAGAUAUUUUGAAAGGCGUUGGUUUGCGAACAACAUUGGCCCCAUUGACUUCCAUUGUAUGAACACAAAACCACUUUCUCUGGCAGUCGUGGCCUAAUGGUUAGAGAGUCAGACUCGUGACCAGAAGGUUGCCGGUUCAAUUCUAAGGACCGGCGGGUAACGACUGAGGUGACCUUGAGCAAGGAACCUUACCCCCACUUGCUGAUAGCUUCCCACCCACUGCUCCGUGUGUACGUGUGUUCACGACUUGCUGUGCUUGUGUUCACUACUCUCUGGAUGGGUUAAAUGCAGAGGUCACAUUUCAGGUAUGUGUCACCAUACCUGACAAAUAGGCCACUUUCAAAGUAGUUUCCUGUGUAUUUUAUUCUGUUAAGUAAAAACAUUAUUUUUGAGUCUGGCUUAAGUAUCCAAUUACUUGUGGAGUCGCUGUAUGUUCUCUUAAGUGGGACUACGUCCAGUACAACCAGAAAUACACACACACACACAGGUGUUGCGAGAUGUUCAUUCAAGCAGACACACAUAUUCAUGUACGCACACACCCUGACACACUGACAAAUCUAGAAAAAGCUUUUUUGUUGACCGCAGUCUGAUUUCCUCUGCUCUAUUUUCUCUUUUCUUUCUUUGUGUCUAUCUCUUCCUGACACCUGUGUGUAGGUGUGGACCAUGCUGCAGGUGCUCUGUCUCUCUCUCCUGCUUUCUCUGCGUGUCUCUCUGUCUCUUCCUCCCCCCUCCCUCCUCUGAGGUUAUUUUGGUAUGGUGGAGAUAUUUUUUGCAUUUCUACGCAUGUUGUUCUCUGGCUUGUACAACAUAUGUGCCACAUAGCUAUAAAAAUCAGCUGGGCUCUGGGUUUGUCCCCCUGUGGUUAGCGCUGCCUCUGUAUCUAGAUCGAACUUUAUAAGCGCCAAGUUCUUAAAACUGAGUGUAAAAGUGCCUCACUCAUAUCUCUGACACGUGAGUUUUAUGUUUAUAGUUAUAGAUCACCCAAAAAUUUAAAUUCAAUUAAUAUUUACUCUUGUCAUUUCAAACCUGUAUGACUUACUUUGUCCCGCAGAACACAAAAGAAGAUAUUUUGAAGAAAGUUGGUAACCGAACAGCACUGGCCCCCAUUCACUUCUAUUGUAUGGACACAAAACAAUGCAAGUGAAAGGGGUCCAGUUAACAACAUUUUUCAAAAUAUCUUCUUUUGUGCUGCGAAAGAAAGUCAUACAGGUUUGAAAUGACAAAACGGUGAAUAAGUGAUGACAUAAUUUUCAUUUUUGGGUGAACCAUCACUUUAAGGCUUUUAUGUUUUGUCAAGACGUCAGGGUAAAAAAUGAAUACUUAAACAAUAAAUGUAGAAAAAUAGCUUUGGUAAAUUAGGAAAUAUGUUUUUGACCAAAUAUUUUGUCAGUUUAAGAAAUCAAAAAGUUUGUAGUUUAAGACUUUAUGUAAUGACAUAAAUAAAAAAAUAUUUAAAUGGUCUAAAUAGAAUAUAGAAAUGUAUAUAAAUAUACAUAA